AUGGAUACUGAUUCAUUAAUAAAUAGAAUUUGUAAAUUAGAAAGUUUAAAUGAACAAUUGAUAAAAGAACGAGAUACUUUAAUUCAAGAAUUAACAACACUACGAUCAACUGAGAAUGUAGAAAAUCUUAGACUUCAAAUAGAGCUUUUAAAACAAGAGAAUAACGAUUUAAAAAACAAAAUAAUUCAAUGUUCUUCUAAUCUUUCACCUAAUGAAUCAAUUCCUUUUUUAUAUGAUUCUGUGAUUGAUACUAAUCAUUCUUUCACAAGUGAGAAGUUAUUGGUUGAUGAAAAUAUUAUUAGAUAUGAUGCUAUUCAAGACUUUUUAUUCCAUUCUUUAAAAAGUUCAUUAGAAAGACAAAUCAAUGAAGUUGAAAGUUCAUUUAAUGUUCUUUAUGAUUCAAUUCAAACUAAAUCUACUUCACCAAGAGAUUCAUCAGGACUAAGACUUCAAGAAAUCUUAUUAGAAAAAAAAACAAAACUUCAAAUAUUAGAAAGUUUCAUUAAAAAGAAUCAGAAAAAAUCCAUUUCUUCUAGGAGUUCUUGUGACGUUUCUUCUUGUAAUACAGAAAAUAAGGUUCACAAAAAAGAAGAUGACUUACCAAAAGAAAUAGAACUUACCAUAAAUGAAAAAAAAUUAAUAAUUGAUGGAAUAAUUACGGCAUUAAAAAUGGCUAAUAUUAGAUAUGAAACUAUUGAUAUAAACCCAGGAGAUCUUUUAGCCAUAUUAAAAGAAGAAGAAAUCAGAUUUAAUAAAUGGGCAGAAAGGAUUCAAGUAGAGUUGUCAAAUCUUGUCAGAUAUUAA